AUCCCUUUUCAUUCCAUGUCCUUAAACCUUAUACUACUGUUCCUUUUCUUGCUGCUUAUAAGUUCACGUAAGAAUAUAUAUACAAGUUUUUUCUUCUUUUUUAUCGUUGCACGUUGGGAGCCAAAAAGCCUUUUAUUCUUGCGCUAUUCAUGAAUAAUGUUCAAAGCCUUUUAAUUCUUGUUUUGUUUAUCUAAGUUCUAACCUUCUGGGCUUAGUUCUUUUCUCCAAUCAUCGGGUACUACUGCGCAUAUGUUUAUCCUUGAUUGGAGAUCGCUCGGAUUAAUGUCUUCCAUGUGCCGGAAAAGGUCGUCAUGCAUGAAAGUCUUUCGCGCGGCAGUGGAUAGGCUGAUGUGCCGCAAACAAUUGUGGUUAGCCGUCUUAAUCUCUUUUCUUUUGUGGUUCUUAUUGCUUUGCUUGUAUCAUUCAGCUCCGAUGGUUGGACAGCCGGGGGUCACCUUGUCUGAUGUUAGCUCUGCGGCCGAUUCUGUCAAUUUCGGAGGCUCUAAUUUCGUUCUUUCGUCCGGAUAUUCCAAUGAAAGUGUCAACAUGUUGCCUAAAAUGAGUAUUACUACUGAGGAUUCCUCAAAGCCUGUUAAAGAUAUGGCUGUCAGAGAGAUUGGGGUAGAAAACAUGGACGCAGUAAAAUCAUGGUAUAAUCCUUUCAACAAUUUUUCUGCCCGAGAUAAUGGGUAUGAAGGUUUUGAUCAUGUAUUGGUUUACGAUACAGAAGUGCACACAAAUGAUCAAACGAACCUUGCAGAGAAGGAAACUCAGUCUGUUAACAGGGUUUCUGGUUCAGAGAAUGAAGGAGAGUCAGAUCAUGAUGGAGGAGUGGAUAUUAGUCUGACUAUGCUUGAACCAGUGGCUUCACUUUCUAUAGGGGAGAGCAAAAGUGAGAAAAUUACCAAAGGUUCAGAGAACGGCAUAGAUGUGGAUUCUCAGCUUGGUUCCUGCUCGGGUAGAUACAUCUAUGUGCAUGAUCUUCCAAGCCGGUUCAAUGAAGACUUGCUCAAGCAUUGCAGGUCACUCAGUAAUUGGACUGAUAUGUGUCUUUUUACAUCAAACAUGGGUCUUGGUCCUCAUCUUCCCAAUUUUGGAAGGGUUUAUUCAGAAACCCAUUGGUUUGCAACAAACCAAUUCUCUUUAGAAGUUAUCUUUCACAACAGAAUGAAACAGUACGAGUGCUUGACAAAUGACUCUUCAUUGGCUUCUGCAAUCUAUGUGCCAUAUUAUGCAGGCCUGGAUGUAGCUCGCUACCUUUGGUAUUCAAACACGUCAAUGAGAGAUGCUGCUUCUCUUGAACUUGUCAAGUGGCUUAGAGAAAAACCAGAGUGGAAGAAAAUGUGGGGUAGAGAUCAUUUCCUAGUUGUGGGAAGGAUAACUUGGGAUUUCAGGAGGUUCGGGAGUAAGGAUUCAGAUUGGGGUAAUAAGCUUAUGUUCUUGCCGGAGUCGAGGAAUAUGACAAUGUUAGCAAUUGAAUCAAGCCCUUGGAACAACAAUGAAUUUGCAAUACCUUAUCCAACAUACUUUCAUCCUUCAACUGACAAUGAAGUGUUUCAAUGGCAAAACAGAAUGAGGAGGCAGAAAAGACGGUAUUUCUUCUCGUUUGCCGGUGCCCCGAGGCCAAAUCUUCAACAUUCCAUUCGUAAUGAGAUAAUUGAUCAGUGCCAGGCUUCAAGGAGGAAAUGCAGGUUAUUGGAAUGCAGUGAACAUUCGAACAAGUGUUACAAGCCGUUUUAUGUGAUGAAAAUGUUCCAAAGUUCUGUGUUCUGCUUGCAGCCUACAGGGGAUUCAUUCACCAGGCGUUCUACUUUUGAUUCAAUUUUGGCAGGGUGUAUUCCAGUUUUCUUUCAUCCAGGUUCAGCUUAUGUUCAAUACCUAUGGCAUUUACCAAGAAAUUAUACCAGUUACUCUGUGUUCAUACCGGCAGAUGAUGUGAAAAAUGGCAAAGACAGUAUUGAAAAGAUACUGCUACGAAUUCCGAAGGUCAAGGUGAGAGCCAUGAGAGAGAAAGUUAUUAGGCAGAUUCCAAGAGUAAUAUAUGCCGAUCCAAGAUCGAGAUUGGAGACCGUUGAAGAUGCAUUUGAUACUACAGUUAAGAGAGUUAUUGAAAGAGUAGAGAGAAUUAGGAGGGAGAUGAAAGAGGGGAGGAAUACUAGUUUUGGUUUUGCAGAACAAUUUAGUUGGAAGUAUAACUUGUUUGGGUCAAUGGAGGAGCAUGAAUGGGAUCAUUUCUUUAUAACAACAUAGAAUUUUCCUAGUAGAAAGAAAAUUAGAGAAAAGACAACAAACAGGACACGUUUGUAGUUUGAACAUAUGAUUUUAGUCAAUGUUCUUAUGCAGAGACAUGGAUGUUCUCCUACUCUUCUGUUUGUUUUAUUCAGUGGGUUGCCUAUGAUUUUUUGUUUUAUCAUAUGUUUCU